GCGCAGAGCCCGCGCCUUGGCUCGUGUGCGGUGUCGUGCGCGCGCGCUUGCUGUGCUGUAGCGCAUCUGCGGCGGAGGUUUAUAAUCCGGUGAUGUGAACCUGGAGCUAGCUUCUUAGCUAAGGGAGAAAAAAACUACACAGUAGUGGCGUUUUAAUAAUAAAACAAACAAACAAACAAACAGGGAGGAAACCGGGCUGUGUCCAUGUUCGGGGUCAGAUAGGACAGUGACGGGGUUUUCUUUCAGAAAGAGGCCGUGCGCGUGAAGGAGAGAGAGAGAGGCGGAUGGGAUUCCCGGUUAGCUAAUAGAUGGAGGCGAAGCGACGCGUCGGCGGCUCGGUGUCGUUUUUCAUCGCUGUGAAUUAUUAAAAUAAUCGUCAUCCCUCGAAGACAGAGCCGCGGAGCAGCGAUGCAUCUCCACCAAGUGCUGACGGGAGCCGUGAAUCCGGGAGACUGCUGCUACUCGGUGGGGAGCGUUAAUGACAUCCCGUUCACGGCGUAUGGUUCGGGGUGUGAUAUUGUGAUCUUGGCCAGUGAUUUCGAGUGUGUGCAGAUUAUCCCUGGAGCUCAGCAUGGGAACAUCCAGGUGGGGUGUGUGGAGUGUUCACACCAACUGGGACGGAUCGCCGCAUCAUAUGGAAACACCGUGUGCAUUUUCGAGCCAAUCUGCACCAACCUGAACAAGAGACACAAGCAACUGAAUUACCAGUGGCAGAAGACUGGACAAUUUUUACUCAAUGCCAUGACCUACAACCUGGCCUGGGACCCACAAGGUAACCGUAUCCUGGCGGCCACGGAGUGGCUGCAGCUUUGGGCUCCGCCCACCGCAGACACACUGCUGGAGGAAGACGAAGAAGAAAAAUCACACCCCGUCCUCAACGACUGGAAGUGUGUGUGGCAGUGCAAGACUGCUUCUGCUGUGCGUGUUAUUAAAUGGUCUCCUGAUGGGGAAUACUUCGCCACUGUGGGAAAGGACGACUGCCUGUUGAAGGUGUGGUACUCCACCCUGGGAUGGAGGUCGGUGAUGGUGGAUGUGUGUGAGAGGAAGUCCGGCUCGCUCCACUUCUCCUUCAUCUAUCUGGCUCAUCCCAGAACCGUCACGGGGUUCUCCUGGAGGAAGACCAGCAAAUACAUGGCCAAGGGCUCUGUGUGUAACGUGUUGCUGACGUCGUGUGUGGAUGGAAUCUGUCGGCUGUGGAGCGAGACGCUGCUGCCUGAGGACAGUUUACUGGGAGGACAGAUCACCGAGAACAACAGCUCCACAUCAUCACUGCAGCACACCGGCCAGAAAGAUAAAAUACAACAUGCCCUGGAGUCGAUCCACCACCUGAAGCAGCUCAGACGGGGUCGGAGGAGAUCGUCAGCUCUGGUCACACACACCGAGCUGUUGCCCAGCCAGUUAAACUCGCAGCACACACAUCGGCACAUCACUCACCACGGCAACGCGCUGUGUCACUUCCACAUCUCAGCCAGCAUUAACCCCAAUACAGAUAUCCCGGCGGCUCUGGCCGGGUCCGGUCUCUUCUCCUCUGUAGACGGUAAUGGAGGUUUCAUGGUUCACUGGCUGAAUAAUAAGGAUCUGAGCUUCACCUCCUCCAUGGACGAGUUCAUGCAGCACCUGAGGAAGUUCUCCGAGCAGAACCUCGAGCACGCUGCUGACGACGACAGACAGGACGGAACUGCAAAGUUUGACUUGGAUCUGGAUGAGAUGUCAGACAGGGCAUCGGAGCAUGAUGAUGGAGAGCAUGAGGGCAGUACCAAGGCGUCGUCCCCCGGCUCCAGCAGCAGUCUCCCUCCUCCCUCCGUCCUCCUGGAGCGCAAGAUGGAGUCCCUCACUCUGGAGUGGAACCGGAGCCCUGACAUGCUCUUCACCAUCCACCCGGUCGACGGAUCCUUCCUGGUCUGGCACAUCAAGUACGUGGAUGAGUACAUCCCCGGAAUCUUCCGGCAGGUCCAGGUGGCGUUCUCCUCGCGGAUCCCUGUAGCGUUCCCCACCGGCGAUGCUAACUCUCUGAGUAAGAACAUCAUGAUGUACGCCUGCACUUUCCCCGAGCGGGACGCCCAGGUCUCUGUGGAGCAGGACAGGAAGUGUGCGUCUCUGGGCACCGUGAUUGGCCCGGCCGUCAUGAUGGUGUCGAAGCACGUGGACGGUUCUCUGAACCAAUGGGCUGUGACGUUCGCAGAGAAGUCCGCCUUCUCCAACGUGCUCACGGUUUCACACAAGUUCCGUUACUGCGGCCACCGUUUCCAUCUCAACGACCUCGCGUGCCACACGGUCCUGCCCCUCCUACUGACCUCAUCGCAUCACAACGCUGUUCUGACUCCGCCCCCUGGGCAGGACGACCCACAGGGCGCUCCAUCGCGUCCAUCCAGAGGCCUCGCUCCGAAGGAGAUGAGCAGCAACGCGGCGACUCGGACCUUCCAUGACCCGAAUGCCAUUUACAGCGAGCUGAUCCUGUGGCGUGUCGACCACAUCGGGCCGCUCUCCUGCACGGGGGGCGUGUCCGAAAUCGCACGCAUCAACUCCCUGCACACCGCCGCCUUCUCCAACGUCGCCUGGCUGCCCACGCUGAUCCCCAGCUCUGUACUCGGGACGUACUGUAACUCGGCAAGUGCGUGUUUUGUGGCGUCGGACGGGAAGAACCUGCGUCUCUAUCAAGCCGUCGUGGAUGCCAGGAAACUGCUGGAUGAACUGUCUGACCCUGAGACCUCGAAAUUAGUGGGUGAGGUUUUCAACAUUGUGAGUCAGCAGUCCACUGCACGCCCAGGCUGCAUCAUCGAAUUGGAUGUAAUUACUAACCAGUGUGGCUCGAACACACAGCUACUCCACGUCUUUCAGGAGGAUUUUAUAUUAGGAUAUAAACCGCAUGAUGACUUCACCGACAUAAACACGACUGAAUUCCCUUCAGCUGAUGAGUUUCACCCGCCUCCAUUCUCUGAGAAGUUUUUCUUGGUCGUGAUCGAGAAAGAUGAGAACAGAAACUCGGUGCUGCAGAUGUGGCAUCUUCAUCUGAAAUCUGUGCAUGCGUGUGUGGAUGACACUCCACAGACCCAGCCGUACCAGAACCAGCUGACGGUCCCGCACAUGCUCGCCAACGCUGACUCGUCUCCCGAGUCCACACCGGGUCAGAGCCCCCUUCCUCGCUCGUCUUCCUCGGCUAACCUGCAGUCCGCCAGCAAACUGAUCCUCAGCUCCACCCUCGUCUACAGCCACAGACUGGAGCUCCCCCUGGGGGUGGAGGUGAUCCGUGCAACACCGUCUGCAGGUCACUUGAGCUCUUCCUCCAUUUACCCGGUGUGUUUGGCUCCGUAUCUGAUUGUGACGGCGUGUUCGGAUGGACGCGUCAGAUUUUGGAGGUGCUCCGUGGAUUCAGAAGAUUCUCCCUCGUACCGCUGGGAGCCGUGGUGCCUCCUGAACGAGGAGGAGGACAACAACAGUGCCCUGAGCCUUUCGGGUCGCCCCGUCGCUGUCAGCUGCUCCUACACAGGCCGCCUGGCCGUUGCGUUCAAACAGUUAGUCUCUACCGAGCACAGCUCGAGCUCUAAAGACUUCUCCAUGCACGUCUCCAUCUUCGAGUGCGAAUCCACAGGUGGGUCCGAGUGGGUUCUGGAGCAGACUAUCCAUCUGGAGGACUUCGGGAAACCUGUCAGUGCUUUGGACCCCAGAAUCAGCGUGGACAGCAACCUGGUUGUUUAUAGCAAGUCUGAUCUGUUUGUUAGAACACAGAACCCUAAUAUUAAGCACUUCGUGCACCUAGAUUGGCUCUCGAAAGAAGACGGAUCGCACAUCCUCACCGUCGGAGUCGGAGCCAGCAUCCUGAUGUACGGACGGAUCUCGGGCAUCGUCGCCGAGCAAACCGGUGGGAAAGAUGGCAUGGCCGUCGUCACCCUGCCUCUAGGGGGCAGUGUUAAGCAGGGCGUCCGCUCCCGCUGGGUUCUUCUGCGCUCCGUCGAUCUGGUUUCCUCCGUGGAUGGGACGCCGUCUCUUCCCGUUUCUCUUUCUUGGGUCCGAGACGGAAUCCUGGUGAUCGGGAUGGACUGCGAGAUGCACGUCUACGCUCAGUGGUACCAGGAUAAGAAGCCCAGCGACUCCGAGGACAACGAUGACGCUUUCAUGGUGAAAAAAGGCGCGAUCGAGAUGACGGACGACGUGAUCCGAGUUCCUGCCGUAAUCCAAGAUGGUGGACUUUUCGAGGCGGCGCAUUCUCUGUCCCCCACUCUGCCUCAGUACCACCCCACCCAGCUGUUAGAGUUGAUGGAUUUAGGGAAGGUGAGACGUGCGAAGGCCAUCCUGUCUCACCUGGUCAAGUGCAUCGCUGGCGAGGUCGCCGUGGUUAGAGAUGCCGUGGCAGGAGAGGGCGGAGCCAGGCGACACCUGUCUCGCACCAUCAGCGUCACCGGAAGCACCGCCAAGGACACGAUCGUCGCUGGGAGAGACGGCGGGCGCGAUUACACGGAAAUCAACUCCAUCCCUCCGCUCCCGCUGUACGCCUUGCUCUCGGCCGACCUCGACACGUCUUACAGAAACAAACUAGCCGACGACGUGAAAUGUCAGGAGCGGGAGACGCGGAAGUCUUCAGAGGAUCAGUACUCGGAGCUGUUCCAGGACUCAGCCGAAAACGCUGAUGACUUUGCGAGCUUCGCAUGGGCGGACAAGGCGGAGAAGAAGGAGAAGAAGACUCGUGUGAUUGAUCUGUCGCAGUACGGCCCUACCUGUUUCGGUCCGGAACACGCACAGGUGCUCUCCUCUCACCUGAUGCACUCCAGCCUGCCUGGACUCACCCGCCUCGAGCAGAUGUUCCUGGUUGCGCUUGCCGAUACGGUGGCAACCACCAGCGCAGAGGUGGGCGGAGCCACUGAUAAACAGUACAGAGGUGGUGAGGCUCUGGAUGAGUGCGGUCUCAGGUACCUGCUGGCGAUGCGUUUACACACCUGUCUGCUUACAUCACUUCCUCCUCUGUACCGCAUGCAGCUGCUGCACCAAGGCGUCUCUACGUGUCACUUUGCGUGGGCGUUUCACUCCGAGGCUGAGGAGGAGAUGUUGAACAUGAUCCCAGCCAUGCAGAGAGGAGACCUGCAGUGGUCCGAGCUUCGCGCUGUCGGUGUCGGCUGGUGGAUCCGAAACAUCAACACGCUGAGACGUAUGGUGGAGAAGGUGGCCAAAGCAGCGUUCCAGAGGAAUAAUGAUCCCCUCGAUGCUGCACUUUUCUACUUGGCCAUGAAGAAGAAAGCUGUGCUCUGGGGCCUGUUCAGGUCUCAGAGUGAUGAGAAGAUGACACAGUUUUUCAGCCAUAACUUCAGUGAGGAUCGGUGGAGGAAGGCGGCGCUGAAGAACGCUUUCUCUCUGCUGGGGAAACAGCGCUUCGAGCAGUCGGCCGCCUUCUUCCUGCUCGCUGGAUCACUCAAAGACGCCAUCGAGGUGUGUUUGGAGAAGAUGGAUGACAUCCAGCUGGCCAUGAUCGUCGCUCGCCUGUACGAGGCCGACUUCGAGAGCUCGUCCACCUGUCAGGGGAUCCUGUACGAGAAGGUUCUGGGCUGCAAACGGGACGGAACCGAGUUCUCCUGCAGUAAAAUGCACCCGGACCCGUUCCUCAGGAGCAUCGCUUUCUGGAUCAUGAAGGAUUACACCCGAGCGCUGGACACCCUGCUGGAGCAGACGCCCAGAGACGACGACGAGAAUCCGGACGUGAUGGUGAAGUCCUGCAACCCGGUAGUGUUCAGUUUCUACAACUACCUGCGCACACACCCUCUGAUCGUACGCCGGCACUUCGCGCCUCCGGACGGCUCAGAGCGCAACAGCAGCGCCGAUCAGAUCAACCUGAUCGAGCGCAAGCUCUUCUUCACCACCGCUAACGCUCACUUCAAAGUGGGCUGCCCUGUCCUAGCGCUCGAGGUGCUGUCCAAAAUUCCCAAGGUGACCAAGAAGACCAGUAAGGCAGCUUCCACGGCUAACGUCGGCGAGGUCCAGAACGGUGUCCGGGCCUCCGAUCUGGACUGGAGCGCGCCGGUGAUGAAGCCCGAUGAUGACCUGAAGCUGGACUGGGGAGAUGAGGAGGAGGAGGAGGAGGAGGAGGAGGAGGAUAAGAAGGGGUUGCUGAUGAAGGAGAAAAAGAAGGAGGAAGAGGAGGAGGAGGAGAAAGCGAGCGAUUGGAAGGUGGACGUGAUCGCCGAGCAGCUGAAGUUCCGAGCAUGUCUGAAGAUCCUGAUGACGGAGCUGCGCACGCUCGCCACCGGGUACGAGGUGGACGGAGGGAAACUGCGCUUCCAGCUCUACAACUGGCUGGAGAAGGAGAUCGAGGCCAUGCACCGCAUCUGCAACUAUAAGGUGGAAGGCCAGGGUUCGGUGGGUGAGCUGGAGAAAUGGAGCGGCAGCGUGUCGGGUGAAGGGGACGAGUUUGAGCGGAGGAGUGACACGGAUGUGUAUGAGCGCCACCUGCAGGACCGGCGCAGACUGCAGGCCAAACAGCUGCACGCUGAGAGACGGAAAGCCUGGCUGAGGAAGAACGAGGCGCUGCUCAGAGUCUUCCUCACCUACUGCAGCCUGCACGGAGCCAAAGGGGGCGGAGUCACAUCUGUACGCAUGGAGCUGCUCUUCCUGCUGCAGGAGUCACAGCAGGAGACAACAGUGAAGCAGCUGCAGUCCCCGUUGCCAUUGGCAACGACACUGCCGCUUCUCUCAGCUAGCAUUGCUCCAACUAAAACAGUCAUCGCUAAUCCUGUCAUGCACCUGAACAACCACAUCCAGGACAUCCUGUACACUAUAGUACAGACCGAAGCUCCGCCCCAUCCUGACAUACCUGAUAACAGAGUGAAUGCACUACACACUUUGGCUGCUUCUCUGUCUGCCUGCAUUUACCAAGCACUGUGUGACAGCCACAGCUACAGCAGUCAGUCAGAGGCGAACCAGUUCACAGGAAUGGUGUACCAGGGUCUGCUGCUCAGCGAGAGGCGGAGACUCAGGACGGAGAGCAUAGAAGAACAGGCCACACCCACCUCCGCCCCUGCACACUGGCCAGGUGUGGCGUCUCUGAUUGGCCUGUUGGCGAGCUCUCAGGGUGAGGAUCAGCCGAGGCUGAACGUGAUGCUGUGUGAGGCCGUGGUGGCUGUGUAUCUGAGCCUGCUGCUGCACGGCCUCGGCACACACUCCACUAACGAGCUGUUCCGCCUCGCCGCCCACCCGCUUAACCCACGCAUGUGGGCUGCCAUCUUCGGGGGCGGAGCCAAGAUCAUCGUCAAGCCCAAGCGACAGGCCGAGGUCUCGCCUGUAGCCCCGCCCCCGACACCUCCUGCUGAGGAAGUGGACCGUCAGCGCCGACGCUUUAACAUGCGUAUGCUGGUUCCGGGUCGGCCUGUUAAAGAGACACAGGCCACGCCCCCGCCGGUCCCUGCCGAACGCCCCGCCUACAAAGAGAAGUUCAUCCCCCCGGAGCUCAGCAUGUGGGAUUACUUUGUGGCAAAACCCUUCCUGCCUCUAUCAGACAGUGGAGCUCUGUAUGACUCUGAUGAGAGCGGUGAUGAAGAUGAGGAGGACGAUGAUGAUGCGUUCCUGUCUGAUACUCAGAUGACUGAGCACAGUGACCCAAACUCAUACAGUUGGUGUCUGAUCCGCUUGGUGAUGAUUAAACUCGCUCUACACAAUGUGAAGAACUUCCUCCCCAUCGCAGGACUCGAAUUUACAGAUCUGCCCAUGUCGUCUCCGCUCUGUAACUCUGUACUGAAGUGUAUGGAGAAUUGGGAGCAGCAGCUGCAGGAGAAGAUGAACAGAUUUGAUGGUCCUCCACCCAACUACAUAAACACCUUCCCUACAGACCUCAGUGUGGGUGGAAGCCCCGCUGCACUGCGCCACAAAGCCAUGCUGCAGCCUGACAACACGCCCUUCAGAGCGAAGCACCGCCUCUCCUUCCCCGCCCGCCGUCUUUGGCACUUCCUGGUGAAACAGGAAAUCCUCCAGGAGACUCUGAUUCGGUACAUCUUCACCAAGAAGAGGAAGCAAAGUGAGUGUUUAGAGAACCAUGUGGACUGUCACACACACAACUGUGUAGCAGGAGCUCACAGAAUCAACAAGGUGGAGGCGGAUCUUGGUUAUCCAGGAGGAAAAGCUAAAGUUAUCCACAAGGAAUCCGACAUCAUCAUGGCUUUUGCUAUCAAUAAGGCUAAACCCAGUGAGAUUGUCCUGGCCUCGACUCAUGAUGUUCAGGAAGUGGAUGUUUCCACUCUGCUGGCUGCGCAGCCAUACACCUGGAUCGGAGAUGACUUUGACAAGGAGUCACGCAGCUCAGAAGACGACUAUCGCUCCUCCCACACCAACAUCGCACAGGCAAGCUCCGCCCCCUUUGCUCCUCCGCCGAUGUCGGUCUCCGCCUCAAUGCCAUGGCUCGGUAGCGGACAAACUAGCAUGGGCGCUAGCGUGAUUGUGAAGAGGAACUUGAACAACGUGAAGAGAAUGACCUCCCAUCCCAUCUACCAGUACUAUAUGACAGGAGCUCAGGAUGGCAGUGUGAGGAUGUUUGAAUGGAAUCGCCCACAGCAGCUCAUCUGCUUCCGACAGGCAGGAAACGCCCGAGUCACACGACUCUAUUUCAACUCACAGGGCAAUAAGUGCGGAGUGGCCGAUGGUGAGGGGUUUUUAAGUCUGUGGCAAGUGAAUCAAACUUCAUCAAACCCCAAACCAUAUUUGAGUUGGCAGUGUCACAGUAAGGUGUGUGGUGAUUUCUCUUUCAUCACUUCCUCCAGUCUCAUCGCUACAGCAGGACACUCCACUGACGGCAGGAAUGUGUGUCUGUGGGACACUCUGAUCUCUCCCAGUAACACCAUGGUGCAUGCGUUCCCCUGUCAUGAGAACGGUGCUACGGUUCUGCAGUACGCCCCGAAACAGCAGCUGAUCAUCUCUGGAGGGAGGAAAGGCUUCGUGUGCGUCUUCGACAUCCGUCAGAGGCAGCUGUUACACACCUUCCAGGCCCACGACUCGGCCAUUAAAGCCUUAGCUCUGGACGCGAGUGAGGACUUCUUCAUCACCGGCUCGGCCGAGGGAAACAUGAAGGUUUGGAAGUUAGCGGGUCACGGGCUCAUGCACUCGUUCAGCACCGAACACGCCAAGCAGUCCAUCUUCCGCAACAUCGGCGCCGGCGUGAUGCAGAUCGAGACAUGUCCCGGUAACCGUAUCUUCACCUGCGGCGCUGACGGAACCCUGAAGAUGAGGGUUCUCCCCGAUCGCUACAACACCCCGAGCAGCAUCUUCGACAUCCUCUAACCUGAAAUAAGGCAGAAUUCAGACAGCCGAAGCGUCUAGAAGCAAGCCGGUUUGGAAGCGUGAGAGGUCACGCCCCCGCCCUCCCCCAAAAGAAGCCCCGCCCCUUUCCCCGAGCCACGAGCUCACCGUUAGUGUUCUCAUAGGAAAGCUAUGCAUGUGCUGAACUCGUCACUGCGGUGCAUUCGCCAGAGUGUUGAUUGUGCUCUGUGUGUGUGCGUGUGUGUGCGUGUGUGUGUGUACACGUGUCUGUACACGGGUACCCCCCUGUCUGUGAACCUCACGCUUUAUUUAUUAUUAUUACUGUAAAUCACACACCUGUCUCACUCUCGCCCCAUGCCUGCAGCUAGACCUGUCUCACUCUAGAUGUGUUUUAGAAUGUAUUUAUUUAUUUAUAUCAAUGUACAAGUUUAUACUACUGAAAACGGUUCGAGGAGGAGAAACGUGUCGCACUGAAAAAGAUAAACCUGUCUCGCUCUCCUUUCAUAACUCCAGUUAAACCUGUCUCACUCUCCUUUCAUACAUGCAGUAUAAUGUUUUACUGACGUUCCACAAUUCCACAUAAAUCUGUCUCACUCUCAUCCCAUAACUCCAGAUAAACCUGUCUCACUCUUAUUUUCUGUGUGUAAAUAAAUCUGUCUCACUCCCUUUCCGUAACUCCACCUAAACCCAUUGUUCAGUCAGAAUCUGUCUUACUCUCUACACCUGUAAAUCUCUUAUUGCCCUGCCCCAUAAUUACUGUUAAAUCUGUCUCACUCUCAUUCCAUAGCUCCAGAUACAAUCUGUCUCACUCUCAUUCCAUAGCUCCAGAUACAAUCUGUCUCACUCUCAUUCAGUAGUACUAGAUAAAUCUGUCUCACUCUCAUUCCAUAGCUCCAGAUACAAUCUGUCUCACUCUCAAUCCAUAGCUCCAGAUACAAUCUGUCUCACUCUCAUUCCAUAACUUCAGAUGCAAUCUGUCUCACUCUCAUUCCAUAACUCCAGAUACAAUCUGUCUCACUCUCAAUCCAUAGCUCCAGAUACAAUCUGUCUCACUCUCAUUCCAUAACUUCAGAUGCAAUCUGUCUCACUCUCAUUCCAUAACUCCAGAUACAAUCUGUCUCACUCUCAUUCAGUAGUACUAGAUAAAUCUGUCUCACUCUCAUUCCAUAACUCCAGAUACAAUCUGUCUCACUCUCAUUCAGUAGUACUAGAUAAAUCUGUCUCACUCUCAUUCCAUAGCUCCAGAUACAAUCUGUCUCACUCUCAUUCCAUAACUUCAGAUACAAUCUGUCUCACUCUCAUUCCAUAACUUCAGAUGCAAUCUGUCUCACUCUCAUUCCAUAACUCCAGAUACAAUCUGUCUCACUCUCAUUCAGUAGUACUAGAUAAAUCUGUCUCACUCUCAUUCCAUAGUCCAGAUAAAAUCUGUCUCACUCUCAUUCAGUAGUACUAGAUAAAUCUGUCUCACUCUCAUUCCAUGUGCCUGCAGUUGAAACUCCAUUCCUAAUGGCUGUAGUUAAUUCUGUCUCUCUAUUCCUAAACCUGUCUCACUCUCUUUAUAGCUGUAGAUAUAAACAUGUCUCACUCACUCUCAGACCUGUCUGUCUCUCACGUUUUCCUGGUGGUGUUUUAUUCGGUGACCCGAGACGUUUACUUUAAGCAGAAACAGUUAUAUUUGCACAGUUUUUUUUCUUGACUCAUUUUAUUUAUGGAGGUGUUUGUGUUUACCUGAUCACGUGUCGUGUUUGUUGUUUUUGAACCGCUGUACUCCUCAUCGACCCGUUUCCCGUGCGAUGUGACCGUAAGGUGCGCCGUUUCCUGGAUCACUGGUUUUAUUUCUGAAAUGUGUGUAAGCGUGCGCACUCGGGUGUGGAGGCGCUGGGACAGUCGGAAAGACUGGAGGAUGUUUUAGGGGGAAAUGUUCUAUAUCCAGAUGAAUGUUUAGUUUUAAAUGAAUAUAAAUAUAUAAAUAUAAAUAACUAUAGAUAUGAACUAGCUGGACAUAGCUUGUACAAACCGUUUUAAUUUAUUCUGUUUGGUUUUUAUCAUACUGGCUGCAAUAGAUGUAUAUUUGUUUUGGAUGUAUGUGAUGUAUUUAUUAAACUCUUUGUGUUUGUGUACGGUC